AUGGAAAAUAAUAAUAAUAAUAAUAACGAAAACAGUUAUAAUAACGAUAUAAGUGAAAGUAAAGUAAUACAAUUUGGUGAGAUCAAAGAUGAAUAUGACCAAGCAAAACUUGCCAUAGUUCGUGAUUUCCCAAUGUGUUUCUAUCCAAUCUCCAAACUUUUUGACUGUGAACGUGACAACCAAGUUCCUCCCUCCUCUUCAGCAACAAGUAAAUUUAAAAUAUGUCAACAUGAAAAUGCCCAUUUAAAUUUUUGUAUUUUAUCUUCAUUCUGUCCAUUCGAGGCAACACUUUUAAUGAAUUGUACCAAUGGCCAUAUACCAGUUGGUGAAACUAUCAAAAUACCAAAAAAAUGUUUAGAAAUUUUCAAUUCAUUCGACAAUUGUCUUACUAGAAAAACAAAAGAAUUUGAAACUAGAGGCUUUCCAGAAACAGAAGAAAGAACAAGGGUGGUUUAUGGCGAUAAUAUUACACCAAACAAAAACAAAAAUAGCAAUGAUGGUACAACUCAAUAA